UCCCUCGCAGUGCGCUCUGGUCCUCCUCUGCGCGCUCUGGUUCUCGCCUCGGAGAAAGUGCGCUGGAUCGCCAAAAGUUCGCCGAAUCGGUUUAGAGGUACCGGACUCGGGGCCGUAGUGGUUCGGUCUUUGUUUGGGGAGCUGUCUUUCUCUCGAUUUUUAGUGUUUUUGCGGUUUAACCAUGGAGACUCUCCGUGGUCUCCUCGCGCUGCUCUGCGUUCUCCUGGCUGGAGCGCAAGCGCAAAACCAAAGAGACAAGUUUGCGGAUUGUCCGGUUGACCUGUUCUUUGUGCUGGAUACAUCUGAGAGUGUCGCCCUCAGACAGAACCCUCCCAAUUUUUAUAUUGACCAGAUCAAAUCAUUCACCAAUCGCUUCAUAGAUGAACUCAGGAACAUGCGCCACCGAUGUGAUCGCACCCUGACAUGGAACUCAGGAGCACUGCACUACAGUGACGAAGUCAUCCUUGUACGAGAGCUGAGUGACUUGGCGACUGAACGCCAGGCCCUGAAGGAUAGCAUCAGUGCCAUCGACUACAUCGGCAAAGGCACAUAUACUGACUGUGCCAUCAAGAGGGGCCUUGCUGAGCUGCUCGUUGGUGGCUCCCACUAUCAUGAGAACAAGUACAUCGUGGUAGUGACUGAUGGCCAUCCUAUUACUGGUUACAAAGAGCCAUGCGGAGGCGUGCAGGAGGCUGCUAAUGAAGCCAAGCAACACGGAGUCAAAGUGUUCGCUGUCGCCAUCACACCUGACCAGGAGGACACCAGGCUGUUACUCAUUGCCACAGACCAGAACUACAGACAGAACUUUACUGCUGCAGACGACUCCAGAUCCACCAAGAUGGAAACCAUUCGAACCAUCAUUGAUAUGAUCACAAACGAGACAAAGGAUACGUGUUGCUCGUUCGACUGCAAUGCUAAAGGAGGUCCUAAAGGACCAGACGGAGACAUCGGUGCAAAGGGAGAAACAGGUAGACCAGGGAUGCCAGGAGAGAAAGGAGAUGUUGGUGACAUGGGCAGCAUUGGAGAUCCUGGUCCUGUUGGUUACAGUGGAAUGAAGGGAGACCGUGGUGGCAGAGGAGAAAAGGGUGAAAGAGGACACAAAGGCUACAAGGGAGACAAAGGUCAAAGAGGAAGGGAUGGAACUGAUGGACGCAAGGGUGAAGCUGGUUUCUCUGGUCUUCCUGGCUGUAAAGGAUCUCCCGGUUCAGACGGCCACCAGGGAGAUCCUGGACCAAAGGGAGACCCUGGUCCUUAUGGACUUAAAGGAGAUAAAGGAGAUGAUGGAAGAGACGGCGACGUAGGAAGGCCAGGAAACUACGGCCCACCGGGACCUCAGGGUGAAGCGGGCCCUCCCGGAAACGAUGGGGACAAAGGAGAGCGCGGUGAUGAUGGCCCACCGGGAAAUGAUGGACCACGUGGCGAGAGAGGAGCCAAUGGAGAGAAGGGGGAGCAAGGUUCCCGUGGAAACAGAGGUCCAAGAGGAGAGCCGGGGGAGCCUGGACCCCGUGGAGAACAGGGGAGGGAGGGCUCAGCUGGCCCCAACGGAGACCCCGGCGAGAGCGGCAAACCCGGGCCUCCUGGCUACAGAGGAGAUGAAGGCGCACCUGGACCAGAAGGACCCAAAGGGCCGAGAGGAAUCAAAGGAGCUCCGGGAGACAGAGGCCAGAUGGGAGAGAGGGGAGAAGAUGGUGUCCAAGGAAAUGGCACUGCAGGUUGUCCUGGUUUCCAGGGUUAUCCUGGGUCCCGCGGAGAACCCGGUGAGCCUGGUGGCAAUGGAACCCCUGGACCCAAAGGAGAUGAUGGAGAACCCGGAGAUCCAGGCCCCGAUAACAACCAACCAGGGCCUCCAGGGCCUAAAGGAGCCAAAGGUCACAGAGGACCCGAGGGCAACCCGGGACCUCCUGGGCCUCCUGGACCAGCAGGAACUGAUGAAUGUGAAAUUCUGGAUAUCAUCAUGAAGCUCUGCUCUUGUUGUGAGUCUAAGUGUGCACCUAUGGACCUGGCUUUCAUUGUGGACAGCUCGGAGAGUAUUGGUUCCACAAACUUUGCUCUUGCCAAAGACUUUAUCAUCACACUCAUAGACAGACUGAUCAAAGACCAGCAAGUCAAGUUUGCAGGCAAUGAGUCCAGGGUAGGUGUUGUCCAGUACAGUGGAUCGAAAGCCCAAGAAGUUGUCCAAUUGGGAGUCACCACUAAUAGUCUCACCGACUUUAAACAGCGAGUGAGAGACUUGAACUGGCUGGCUGAGGCCACGUACACAGGCGAGGCCCUUGAUUUUGCUCUGAACAACAUAAUCCAGCUGAUGAGGCAUGAUAAGCGAAUCGUUAUCGUUCUUACCGACGGACGUUCUGAUAUUUCCAGGGACACGGUUCCUCUCAACGUCCUCUGUGGUAAAGACCUCCUGGUGGGUGGUUUAGGAGUAAAGGACUACUCAGGCCGUGCGCCCAACCAGGAGCAGCUUGAGGACGUGGUCUGUAAGAGUGAUCCCAAACCAGGAUUUUCCUUUGUCCUGGAAAACUUUGCCGAGCUGCUGGAUGACACUUUCCUGCAGAACCUCACAACCAAAAUCUGUCAAGAUAAGCAGCGCCCAGACUACAAAUGUCCCAUCUCUUUCUCUGGAAGUGCUGAUAUUUUGAUGAUGAUGGACAGCUCGGCCAGUGUGGGCCAGAAGAACUUUGAGACAAGCAAGAUCUUUGUCCGUCGCUUGGCCGAGCGUUUCCUGACUGCAGAGAAGAAGAGGGGUAUCAAUGUCAGAGUGGGUCUGGGCCAGUACAGCCGAAGCACCCGCAUGGAGCAGGGGUUAACUACCAAUUUGACCCUGCUGUCUUAUCACGCUGAAGAGGCGGUCUUCCAAAAUGAUGGCACCAACGUAUUAGAGGCCAUGAAUUUUGCCAUCACUAAUUUACCUGGCCGUGGGGACGCAUCGGGAGGCAAGAAGAAGCUGGUGCUGUUCUCCGAUGGCAGGUCUCAGGCCAUCACCGAAGCUGUGCUGGAGAAGCGUGUCCGUGAGGUGGCAGACGCCGGGGUGGAGCUCUUUGUCAUUGCUGUUGGCAGCCAAGUCAAUGAGGCCAACCUGCGCACACUGGUGAGCAGGGGGCGCCAGGACGACAUCAGCUAUGCCCAGCGCCACCUGUUCCGCAUACCAGACUACCCCUCUCUGCUCCGUGGGGUCUUCGCCCAAACCGUCUCCCGCAGGGUGGCCAUGACCUGAGUGCAGGGCCCCAAACAACAGGACCAACACGCUUUAGAUUUUUAGUUCCAUUACAAAUAUUCAGUCUCACUCAUUUACCAUACACUGUGUUGGAAUACUUUUUGUCACAAAACGACAAAUGAUUGUGUGGCAGACAAAUGGAAAUGUCUUCAAAUUCUAAAUUCUAAGUUUACAGGAGAGCUUUUUUACCAUGAGUUAGGCCUUCAAGGCAGACCAUCUCAGGUUGUGUACAAUUUUCAUCUCCUACUCUGGGAUCAUUAGACUGUAACCCAAGUAAUGGUUUUAACCUAAACCAUUUUAGGGUUGGUUCUGACAGUACACAACUGGGAGAAAUUGCUGCCUGGCAGGCAAAGUUCAGGGUAAAAAUUCCCAUUGAAAAGGAGACGCUUCGGUCCUGGAGAGCCAUCAGUACAACAACUAAAACUAAAUUUCUAGCCUUUAAAUGGAUCUGGCUGAUUUCUACUCAGGUAUUCUGCAUCCCUGCAUCACUUUCAGCUAGCCUGGCCCUGAGCUCUGACUUACUUCAGCUAACUAGCAUGGGUGGAAACUGGCUCAUUGAGGUUAAACUCUCCUGUCUCUCCAGGACCGGAGCUCCUGCAAUUUGAAGGAUUUGUCUUUAGGGUUUAAUGCGGACUCAUUUUUGUAGCUCUUACCACUCUUUCAAGUGAUGUCGGACUUGUGGAGUCAAAGUUUUACAUAAAAACAGCGUAAGUGAACCAACCGCAGCUGUGAUUUUAAAACAUACAUCGCUGUACCUAAAUGACUGUUAACCUCAAAGACAGGCUCAUGAUUGGCCGAUCCACUUUAUUUUAGGUUUUGACCCUAUAAAGCAAAUUGAAAAGGCCAGUUGCAAGUUCCCAACUUGGUGGAAACUCACACCCGACAUCUCUUGAAAGCUCUAUUAUAUCAUGAAGCCUACAGCAGGACAUGACAUCAGGCAGACUCUCAAACAAACCCAUCAACACUUCACCUGGUACUAAUAAGGACACGACAGCUGGGCUCAACAUGUGUGAUUCUGUCCGAGUGUGUGUAUCUGUAUGUGUGCGUAUGUGUGAGCACCCCUGUGUGUACAUCAGUUACAUGUAUAUGUAUGUGGAGGUGAUGUUUUAUGUGUAGCCUUGGGCGAUGGUUCCAUAAACAGUUGUGCUGAGGUCACUGGUUCAAAUGACAGAAUGACAGAAACCUGUUCUUUAUUGUCUGUGCAGGAGAGAGGCCUCUGUCAAACACGCACAUACAGAUACACACACACCUUCAUAUUUCAUUAGUAAGGUUGGAAAACAUCUGUCACGGUUGAAGGUUGGAAAAGAAACCUAAUGGGACUCAAUGCGUGAGCCCCUCACACCCACACAUAGAAAAGACACACACCCCCUCUAGAUCCCCUCAACUGUAAGUCACACUCCUUCAGUUUUGUUGUCAUGAGUGGCCCAGAGUCACUGUACUGUUGUUAUUAUCUGUGGUGCUAUUAGUCUCAGUGUAUCAGCCUCUACCCAUGUUGUUACAGAAGAUAUUUUUACCUGAGGAUACAAAACCUCAGCAGUGUUGUAAGAGCUCCUACAAUAAAGGUUGCUACACCA